AAUGCAGCACGCGUAGUGUUUUGUCUGCUGCCGCGUGGAUCUCAGCUUGGCCUUGAGUGUCGAGUUAGCGCUCCCAGAUCAUUCAUCAUGCGUCGGCAUCGGUUCGGAUUGCAGGCUCAGGUUUCAUCCUUCUCGAGUUUCACAGUCUCUACAUUGUCAGUCGCGUAGACGUUCCUUCUUUAAAAGCACUCUCCUCGCACACUCCUUGAGAACCGUGGACUACCAUCAGGCCGAGCCUUCUGUUCUGUUUCUUUCGAGGAAGUUGUGUUUCGUUUCGUACCUUUCUUUCUUUACUUCAUUCUCUUCUUUCCAAACGACAGGUUCUUCCAGUCCGGCUGCCGGUCAGCAUUAGCUCAACAGCUCAACAUGUUCUCUCUACGAUUCCUCUUUUUCGUCACUCUUUUGGCGGCCGUUGUGCUAGCCGCUCCCGCCCCUGCCCGCAAGAGGGGUCUCCAAAAACGCUCGUUCAAAGUUCCCAGGCAAAUCAACAGGGCUCACCCGACUGGACCUAAUGGCGCUGCUGCUAUGAGGAAGGUGUUCAGGAAGUACAACUUCAAGGUCAAGGAGGACUUUAUGGUCAAGGAAGGUUUCAUCUCGUUCUCAAAGCAGAGCCAGAAUGUGACCGCGGCUGCUGCCACUGGUGGCAACAAGACUGGCACUGUUGCAGCCAACCCCGAGGAUAACGCUGCUCUGUUCUUGUCGCCCGUCGAUAUUGGUGGUCAGACCCUGAACUUGGACUUCGACUCCGGUUCUUCCGAUCUCUGGUGCUUCAGCACUGAGCUCGACCCGCAAUUGAUCGGCCAGCACACUGCUUUCGACGCAUCCAAGUCUACUUCCUUCAAGGCCACUGCCGGUGCUCAAUGGAAGAUCAGCUACGGCGAUGGUUCCGGCGCUGCUGGUAUUGUUGGAACUGAUACUGUUACUAUUGGAGGUGUGAAGGUUGAGGGUCAGACUGUCGAGCUUGCCAACAAAGUAUCCCAGUCUUUCGUCCAGGACACAAACACUGAUGGCCUUGUCGGACUUGCAUUCUCCAACCUCAACACUGUCAACGAUGGUACCAAGAAGACCCCCGCAAAGACCUUCUUCGAUAACGUCAUGCCCAACCUAGACAUGCCCGUCUUCACUGCCGACCUUGACCCAGAUGGCACCGGUGUUUACGAGUUCGGCAAGAUUGAUGCUACCAAAUUCGAAGGCGACAUGGCCUGGAUCCCUGUCAAGGCCGACACUGGCUUCUGGCAAUUUGGCUCUACCAAGUUUGCUGUCGGCGACCAGCUGUUUGAGAACCCUCAAGGCUCCGACGCCAUUGCCGACACCGGUACAUCUCUCCUCCUCGUCGACCAGCAGGUUGCCGAGGCAUACUACUCGCAAGUCCAGGGCGCUCAGCUCAACGCUCAAGUCGGUGGCUUCAUCUACCCUUGCGGUGCUGCGCUGCCCGACAUGAGUGUUGCCAUCGGUGACUCGUACAUGGCCAAGAUACCCGGUAGCCAGAUCACCUUCGCCACAGUUGACGCAGCAAACACGACCUGCUUCGGUGGUGUACAAGGCAACCAGGGUGCCGGUCUCCAGAUUUACGGUGAUACCAUGUUCAAGGCCCAGCUCGUUGCCUUCAACGGAGGAAACCAGUCUCUCGGCUUCGGUCAGAAGCCAGUUCCCAAAUAGACGGGCGUAGCUAGUG